CCCGCCCGCCGCCGCACACUCUGCUGCUGCUGCUGCACCUCGCAGGACCGACAAACACCCGGUGCACUGACGGGGCUCACCCUGCGUCCAUGCACCCGCCAGCGGAUCAUGUGUGGACCAUCGAUUCAUUAUGGAUAAUCCAUAACUGGAGCUAAAAUGCGCCGGGCCCGCUGUCCUCGUCAUCCCGGGCUAUGCAGGUGUAGAAGGUAACCAGACUGUGCGGCCACGCUUUAUCUCCGGAUCUCACCAUGCAUGUUUUAUGCAGAGCCAUGACAUUUUGUAAUGCUGUGGGAUGGGAGACUUCUUCUGGCACACGCCUAUAGUUUCAGUCAUCGCAUUUCCCCUCUGUGGUGAUUGGGCUGGUUCAGCUGGUUCUGCGACUGGAGGAAGCAACGGCAGCAGUUUGAUCCAACGCUGGAGCUCAGGAUGUCCGGAGUGAUCGAGCCCGGUCUGGCUGAGCUGCCUAUGGAGAGCUGGAUGUCUCACCUGCCAUGUGCUCUGUGGGACACCCCGCUGUACCACCUGGCCAUCCCGGGCAGCCACAAUGCAAUAACCUACUGUCUGGAUAUGAAUGACAGAUCCCCUGUUGACCUCACCCAGCCAGACAUGCUUCAAAAGCUAGACAAAUACAUGAAGCCCCUCAUUCGCCCCUUUGUGUACAAGUGGGCUAUAACCCAGGAGUACACUAUAAAGCAGCAGCUGGACUGUGGGGUCAGAUACUGUGACCUGAGAAUUGCGCACAGGCCCAAUGACAGCUCCACUGAUCUUUACUUCUACCACGGUGUAUACACCACGCUCACUGUGGAGACUGUUCUAAUGGAGAUAAGAGAGUGGCUGGACGCUCAUCCCAAAGAGGUGGUGAUCCUCUCCUUCAGCCACUUCCUCGGCCUGAACCAGGAGCUCCACGCGCUGCUGCUCGCAACCAUACGCAACGUUUUCACCUCCAAACUCUGCCCCAAAACGGAAGUGUUAACUCUUCGAAACCUGUGGGCUUUAGGCUGCUCAGUGAUUGUGUCCUAUGAACACAGUAUUGCCAGCUGUCACAGCGACCUGUGGCCACAUAUUCCUUACUGGUGGGCCAACAAAUGCAAAGCUGAGGCUCUUAUCGAGGCAUUUGAACACAGGAAACAACAUGGCAGACCAGGAGGUUUCUUCGUCACGGGGAUUAAUCUGACAGAGGACCUGAAAUACAUCUGCACACACCCAACAGAGUCCCUGAAGGACUUGGUGAUGUCCACAUAUCCCACGCUGCUAAGCUGGGUGAAGGAGCAGACUCCCGGCUCCAGAGUCGGCUCUCUCAAUAUUAUUGCUGGGGACUUUAUCACAGAGAGCCACUUUGUACCUACUGUGGUUGCACUGAAUGAAAAACUACUGAAAUGGUCCUCAUGACUUUUAAACAAUUUGCAUUAUUCUACAAAAAAAAAAUGUGAAUCACAGCAUGAAAUACACACAAGCUUGUUUUUUUAAGAGUGACAGAAAAAUACUUCAAGUACUUGAAUUAUUCAUCUAAAUAUAAAUGCACUUACUGGAGGCAGUGAAAUGUACAUUUCGAUCUUAAAGCUGCUUGAAAACAGACUUUUUGGUAUUUUGACCUGCACUUGUUUGUUUACAUUCAGUUCACUAUUUAUGCAAUGUACUAUAUCAGUUUUCACGAGACAGAGAGGUGGCCAGUUUAUGUUACGGCCAAAGCAAUAAUGAUACAACUAGUCUCACCUUAAUGUAGGCAUUAUAGAUGAGUAAGCACAAACAAUGUAUUCAAGGAGCACAUAGGACCGUAAAGUAGGCCACAAACUUUUAUAAUUAUGACAUGUGGACAGCAAGUUUAAGAAGUAGCUAAACUGUAUCAACUAUUAUACUUGUAUUUAUCCGUAGAGAAUGUAGAGAAGAACUUAGAAGAACUUAUGCAAAAUGCAUGGAAAACUUAUUUGCAUGAACCCAACCUUGACUGUUCUACUUAUAUAUACUUUAGCCAACAGGUUCGGCCUUGAUUUAAAAUAAUGCUGCACCGCUGUGCCUGUGAAGAUGAGCUUUUACAAUAAACAUGAGCAUUUUUAAGCAAAUCAUCACACUUUUAUUUACUGAUCAUUCAGAUGUGCAAAUCAGUGUUAAAAUGUUCCUUCCAAGAUGCCUGUGCUAAGUCACAAUCUCUACUCUCCAAAGCGUUUGCUUCGUGUACAUAAAACAACUGACCUGUGGUGUUUUCAGUCCCUGAAGGGCCACAGUGGGGAAAAAGCUUUUGUGUUCCCUCGCAGUAUGUGUUCCUUUUCAAUGCGUUUACGUUCCCUCACAAUGGUUUGUAUUACAUCAUCAGUCUGAAACUCUGCUCUUUUGGGAUCCAUUCAGCCCAUUCAGUCCAAACAUUUCCAUCUUUGUAGCCAAUAUGAUGACAAACAGGCAAAAAAUCCACGUAGAGCUCUAUUACUUCAGUUCAUUGUAAAACAUUGAAAAUUGUAAAAUAAGAAACUAUUUAUAUUCAGAUAAUGACUUCUACUGUUCAUGGUAGGUAAUGGUGUUUAAAUUAUGCAAUUAGUAUUGAGACUGAAAUUAAAUUAAACUUCUCAGUUUGUAAAGACCCAAUUUGAAUUGAUCAAAUUUGCAUUAUUAAACUAAAAAGAUCCUAAAAUCUGCCAAUUUACAAUUCUGUGUUUUAAAAUAUAAUCGUUAAAAAGAUGUUAUUACAGUUUUAUGUA